AGCCACAGCACCAGCAACACCACCAGCAACACCACCAGCAACACCACUAGCAACACCACCAGCACCAACACCAGCAACAGCACCAUCACAACCACGAAAUCUUCCAGCAAAACCCCCAGUACCAGCAGCCCUAAGAGCCGCGUCCGCGUCAUCCGCCGCCACCGCAGCCCAAAACGCGGCGCAAGAGGAAAAACCACGUCCCUCGCGAGCCCACGCCGCCGCCCGGCACCAAGCGCCCCAGAAUCAGUCGGGCCUGCGACUAGUGUCGCGGCAAGACCAAGAAAUGCCAGGGCUACCAACCGUGCGCAAACUGUACGUCGUCUUCACCAGGCGAUGGCAUCUCCCGUCUCGCCCCCCCGACACCUCACGUGGUCACGUGUUAGGCACGGGGAUGGGCCGGAGCUGCACCUACGAGAUGCCCUUCCUCAAGGGCCGCCCCAAAACGCCGCCUCCGCCGCCCGAGAACCCGGUAAGCCGCAACGUGCGUCGCGACCUCGACGCGCCCAAAUCGUCACGCCAACGCGGCUGGGCUGCCCGGGCUUGUGACCGCUGCCGCGAACUCCGCAGCGGCUGCUCGGGCAAGUUCCCCUGCGAUAACUGUUUUGAAGACAGAGUCACCUGCACUAUCAGGCUCCGAAACACCACCCCGCCGCCGCCCCUUGGUUCGGCUAAACGGCCCGAUGGCGAACGGCCCGAUGGCGAACAGCCCGAUGG